AUGCAAACUCAUUCGUCUCACGCUUUUCAACAAGUUGGUUCGAGGUCGGCAGCGCAUGUUGCCGCGUUCUCCUGCCUUUCUAUGAUCAUCGUUGCGAUGCUUGUCCUCCACGACCAUGGCUCUGAGAACCUCCAAGUGGAGCUACAGUCAAGCAGCGUCGGGUCGGAUUCGUCCAUGCAAGACAUGCAGAAGGAGGCCGAGCGGCAGCUCGUGGACGCGGCGAAGCGAAAGAUGCAUGCGCUCUCGCACAAGGUGAAUGCCGUGAAGCUGUCGAGCUCGGCGCGGGAGGAUCAGACGAAGGCGGAGCUGCUGAAGAAGAAGGCGAUCUUGGGGAGGCGGCAGGAGGAUCUCGACAAGGCAGACAAGGCAGUGCAGGACGCUCAGAAGGAGCUGAAACAUAUCAAGGAGGAGGAGAAGACUUCGAGCUCCACCAGCGACAACGACAGCGCCAAGGCCGACAAGGCGAAGGAAGACAUCAUGAACCUGGAGAGCGAAGCAGGAACCUUCAACGAGAAGGCGCAGGAGGAGGAGCAGAAGAUCGUGCUAGUGAAGGCAGCAGCGGCGAAAGAGGCAGCGAAGAUACCAGAGCUCUUCAAGUCUGCGCGAAAUGCUGAAGAUGAAGCUGACAAGCUGAAGCUGGUUGCGAGAAACAAGAUGCAGGACUCGAAGAGAAAGUCGGAGGAAGCUUUCCGACUGGACAAAGUUGCGGAGGAGAAGGAGAGAGAAGCUCAUAUGAUCCGGAAGAAGUUGAUCUCGAUCCUUGAAGAGAAGACAAAGAUGUUAUACACCAAAGAGCAGGAUGCUUCCAGGCAGAAGCUCUUCCUGAAGGUGUACGCGAAGAAGGCAGCCAAAGAGGCGGCCAAGGAGGCACAAAAGCUGGCGGCGCUGGCAGCUGCCAAGGCUCGAUUGGCCAAGAAGGCGGAGGAUCAGCUCAAUCGUGACAUCGGAGAGGAGAGGGAGGCUGAGGCGACGGUCAACGACGGGAUCAACAACGUGAAGAUGAAGGAGAACGCGGUCAGAGAUGCAAAGAGGGCGUUUGAAGAUCUGAAACGCAAGGCUGGAGGGGGAAGAGAAGAGGAGGAAAACGACGAAGCUCCUGAAGUGGACGAGAAGGUGGUGGAGGAGACGGGGGGCAAGGGGAACGACUGA